AAGUACUGAGUGUGUGUGUGAAAUCAAAACACAAGGAGGAAAAACAACCAUCGCCAAGGAUACAAAAGGUUCAAACUGUCUGGUCCAUGUGAAAUAGUUUAGUAUAAGGGCAGGACAAUCUGCAGUUGAGUACACAGUAUCUCAACUCACUUUUGGAGAUGGCUAAGUGGAGAGGAGAAAGAAGAAGCCUUUCACCUUCAGGAUUCUGGAGUGAGAAGGAAUGGGACGCUGACCCUGGCCGUGCAUCUUUCUGGCGCACUCUUAGGUCUCAAAGUCCCAUCACUCUCUCGGAUCUGGACUUUUGGGAUAGUAGAGCUCUUCUUAAAGCUCGGAAAUCUCCAGCAUGGAGUUGUGUAGACUUUUCUGGAUUGACUGGCCGCUCAAAAAUCAGCACCAGCACUAUUGGCAGCCAGAAACACAGGGGCUCCCUGGGCAUGACGAGAUGGUCAUCUACAUCCCGUCUGGCUCCAGAAGGAGCUCCGCGAUCACACUCUUCCACUGAAGACUUUGAGCUCCGAGCUGCUCUGGAGGAAAGCAGCACGAGGAGAGCAGAUCUCACCCAGAAGCUCAGAGAGGCCAGAGGUCACCUGGAUGCUCAGACAGACCUUCUGAAAACCACGGGAUCUCAGCUUCAACAAAGCCAGAGCAUCUCAAACGUCCUGGACAUGAAGCAAAAGGUAUGGAUGAAACAGUUUCUAGCCCUACAGACACUGCCUUUUACAGUCUGGUUUAGUUUGAUGGGACAGGAAACAGGAAAGGGAUAUCGAAAUGUGCUCCCCCACAGCAGCUGUCAGAAGCAGUGAGUGCUCUUGAAAAAGACAAGGAAGCGGCAGAGCUGAGCCGAUUUGAGGAAAGCCGCCGUCGAGGGGAAUUACAUGACAAAGUUCUGCAGCUUGAGUUAGACAUGUUAAAGAUGAGGUCUGACCUGGAGAGAAGAAGUCCAGCCUCUUCACCAAACCCUCUUAGCAGAACUCUGCCCGCUGCAAAGGACCAAACCCUCAGAGAGGUAGAGCAAAAAACAUCUGCAAACGUACAUGAGAAACUUUCGUCACUGAUGCUUUCAAUCUAUUAAGAAGCUUCUGUAUGCUGCUGCUUCCACCAGGAACAGAGGCAGGCUGAGAAAGAGAUGAAGAAGCUCAGAGAAGCUCUCAGAAAAGCAGAGGAGAGAACAGACGAGCUGGAGUAUGAGAAAGAGAGCGCACUGAGACAGCUCCGCUCCUCUGAAGAGAGGAAACAUGAGGCAAUUAACCAAGCAGAAGAGUUGGAGCAAAGCCUGAGCAGCUCCAUCCAGACCCAGAAAGAGCUAGAGGACCAGCUGAACGAGUCCCGCAGCCGUCUGGGACAAAUGGAGCUGGAAAAAAACCUGUUCUCCACUAAAACCCAGAAACUAGAAGACAAUCUGAGUGACUUAAAGAUCAAACUAUCCGGAGCUUUAAUGGACAAAGACCGUCUUGUCCAGGAGAAAGCAGAGCUCCAUCAGAGGGUCCAGGCUUUGGAUCUGCAGCUGCAGAGAGAGCAGAGGAGCAGACAGGGCUUCAGUGAGCAGGUGUGUGAGCUGCAUGCUGAGCUGUCUCAUGCUAAGAGCCAGAACAACAAGCAGAAGAUGGAAACCAUGUUGAUGAAGGAGGAGCUGCUUUCCAUUAAAGAGUUGAACAAAAAGCUGUCAUCUGAUCUGACCAAAGCUACAGAGAGACUACAAGUGACUCUUAACCAGCUACACGAGCUGGAGGCAGAGAAACUGAUCCAAACCAAUCAGAUCGCAGCACUGGACACUGAGCGCUUGCAGCUGAUAGGAGAGAAAGAGGAACUGAGGAAAACAUUUGAUGAUGGACUUCAUGAGAAGAUGAUAGAGCUGGGAGAGAGAUGCUGCAAGCACAGAGAAUUGCAGGACAAUCUAGAACAAGAAAAUCAAGCUCUGCAAUUAAAAUGUCAAGACCUGGAAAAAAAAGGCCAAAUCUCGGAGGCGGGGUAUAAGCAUAAAGAGGAGGAGCAACAGCAAAUGAGGGCGGGGUCUGAACAGGAAAAGGAGGAGCUGAGGAAACUGGCUGCUCACUGGAAUGAGAGGUGGCUGGAUGUGGCGAUGACGUUAUGCUCAACACAAACAGAACUCAAUGAGCUCAAGAGUCAACAGCAAGUGAAUGACAAAGUGAUGUCCAAGGUGGUGGAUGGAGAGUUGGUGCAGGUGAAGGACAAGCUGAGGAUCAGAGACACUGAGCUGGAGGAACAGCUGGAAGAACAGCUGGAGGAGCUGCGGUCUGCUCACCAUCAGGAGUCACAACAGAGCGCUGAGGUCCAGAGCUUGGAGCAGCUUCUUGCAAAGAGAGAUCUGGAAAUUAAAGAGAAGGAUCAAGAUCUGAAGAACCUGGAGAUCCAGAGGAUAAGACAGAAAGCAGAGGCUCAGAUCAAGAUAUCUGCCCUGGAGCAGGAGAUUUUUGGACACAAAGGUCUGCUGUCGAGAAAGGAAGUGGUCAGUGAAAGCAGUCCUGAGGACUUAGAGUCACUGAAGGCCCUGCUAAAAGAAAGCAGAAGGCGAGCAGAAACGCUUGAGCAGGAAAGAGACCGAACCUUACACAAACUGCAGGAUCUUGAAGCUCCCCAGCAGGGCAUAACAGAGAAAGAAUCUCCAUUAGAGACUAAAAAACACAAACCCACGGAUUCAGACCUUGUAGAUCCGGACCAACAGAGGAGGCUGGUCACCGAGCAGCUGAAAAGUCUGUUCAGAGAGAGAGAGCAGUGUGGAGAGAGGUCUCCAGUUUUUACAAGAAGAUCUGGUUUGGUCGACAGCAGGGUCCAAAAUGCUACAAGUACUAAAGGAAGAAAAACACAGAAGCUGGAGCAGGAACUCCAGCAGGGGGCAGCCAAGAGCUCCUCAUCCCAGAUCUCAGUCUCUCAAGAGGGGAACAAGGAGUUCGGUGAAAGAGGAGGAGCAGAAACAGCCCACCAAUCUGAAGAACCACAGCAAGACAACCAAGCCAAAGUAAUAUCUUCUCAACCAAACUUACAACAGGACAAAUUUCCCCUGGGCUGCAGUGAUGGAACAUUCCUUGCAAGGCAGGUUGAGCUUUGUGACCCAGAUUUGGAAUACUCGGAAGGGUCCAUUUGAAGAGGAGAGGGGAGCCAGCAUCUGGAGUGACAAUAAUCCAUUGUUAAAAUCUAUAAUGCACUGACAGUUUCUUUAUUAAUUGCCAUUUAUUAUAAAUUACACAGUACAGCUAAACUGUUUAGCUUCCAACUUUGAGGUAAAUUUAAAUACACACACACACAAAACAACGCAACGUCAUAUGAAACAGACUAUAUUUAUUAAUCUUUGCAAUUAUCUAAUUUAUCCAUAAAUGCUGACUUUUUUUUUGUCUUGAAUGCCAGUUACAGGUUAUUUUACAAAGGAUUUAUUUAGAGAUAUUUGAUUUCAAACAUACAACAGUAGCAGUUUAUACAACAGUAACAUAAUAAUAAUUAAUUGUAGUAUUUAGUUAAAGAUAUUUAAAGAGAUUCACUCAAAAAUGUCUUCUAACAUUGGAUACAGAAUGCCAGUAUAAUAAAGGUCAUGAAUAUCUGUCCAUGGUUGGGUCAGACUCGAGGUCUUGUCAGCUUUUCAUUUUGCACUUAUGGUUGAAAAACAUGAUGUUGCACAGCACAGUUUCUGUUUGACUUGUGCUAAAUAGUAAAUCUAUCCUUCUUCAUUGGCCUAAAAAACCAGCAAGACCCUGCAUAAGUGGCAAUGAGUAGAUGCAUCUCUGCCAAAAGAAAAAGGAGAAAUUCAAUAAAAUAUGCAUCACAAAGAAAAAAUCAUCAGAGUAUUAUGGCAGCAUGUAGUCUAUUUGAAACAUGUCCAUGUCCAUGAUUCUCUAUACUUGGAUAUCAAAACCAGUGUUAAUAUGUAGUCACACAACACAUACAUAAGAUUUCAUGAGUGUCAUCUAUGGAGAUGAAUGCUGUACAUGUAAUUGACCUCAUGGCCGUGACCUCCCAUUGCUGAGGUUUGAUCAGGUCUGAAAUGAAAGGGAUCGGACUGUCGUCUUUAGGAUUGAAGAGGGAAGGGGAUUAAACUACAAUGUCAUUAAAAUAGGCUGAUCUCCUGUGGAUCUUGGCUCUCGUAAAACAAGCGUUUAAUCCUGAACAUUAAAAGCAAACAUUUAGGCUUUAGUUUAUGAUGGAUAAAUCCUCUUGCUUUUACAUAACAGUCAUGUAAAUUGGACCUGCCAUAUACAUAUGGCAGACGUGCUGUCAUAUCAUGACAAUGUAUUCAUUCAUCUGAUAGGAGGGAUUUGUGGUGCAAUAUGCUUUCCUGCACUCCCAGGACAUUAAACAGUUUUGUGGGAACUAUUUUGCAUUGUAUGCGGAAAACAUGGCACCUCUUGACAUUUUAAGCGUUGUGGAAUGUUUUGUGUGAAGCAUUAUUUAAGACAGGAAGAGGAAUGCAGUGUUUUUUUGUGAGAUGGAGAUUAAGUAUGACCUCUAAUCUCCAAUCGCACAAUAAAUUCAUACCACCUCUGUCAAGUUAUGAAACACAGAUGUGCUCAUCUUGUCAUCUUUUUGGCGCCACUCAAUCACAGAAAUUGAUCUUUACCUAUUAAUUGCCCUGUCCUAAAUGCCACCCUAAUUUCUAACAGACCUCCUUUAAGUCGACAUCUGGGUCAUAGGAUUCACAAAAAAUACCAGGUAGAAGGCUGCUGUGAAGUCCACACCAGCAUGGUUUUGGAGAAAGGGACACUGAUGGUAUAUACUAGCUUGUGAGCACCCUUCUGAAUAAUAAAAUGAUUUUGAACCCAUUUGAGGGCAGAAAAUGACUGCUAGUCUGGGCACAGGUAACCAAUCCAGCUCCUGGAGGGCUAUCUUCUGCAGAUUUUAGUUCCAACCUGGUUUAGGUGUGUUUGAUUGGGGUUGUAGUAAAAAACUGCAGGAUGGGAGGCCUCCAGGAGCAAUCCCUCCAGCCUAACCACUCCACACCGAGUGGGACUCGGACCCGAGUCAUCAUCAUGGGAGGUGGGCACACUGACAAGGAUGUUAAAGACCAUAGCCUCUAGUGCACCUGUUGAGUUUAGGGGAGUGAAGUUUACCUGCACAGCUGUUACAGGUUUGGCUUCCCCAGUAGUAGGGUAUCCUGUUUAUAAUUUUAGGGAAGACUCUUCAGAGAGAUGAUUAACUUGUUUGGGAGUGUUUGGUUAGGGCAGGGGUAGGCAAGUUCGGUCCUAGAGAGCCACAGUCCUGCACAGUUCAGCUCCAACCUUGAAAAAAAAAAACUCACCUGCCUGUACCGUAGUAAUCCUGAGUGGAUUGAUAAGCUUGUUCAGGUGUGUUUGAUUAAGGUUGAAGCUGAGCUCUCUAGGACCGAACUUACCUACCCCUGGGUUAGAGCUAAGAUCUUGCCCUCCAGGGUUGGAAUUGAUGAGCCCUGUUUUAGGGUUCAGAAUGGUGCUUUUGAGUGCUCUCAAUUUCUCAGAGUUCCACUGUUCUGGACUUCAGAGUGGUCAACAUGAUAUAUAAACUUGUAUAGCUAUCAUUCCAACUUAUAUUAGGGCAAGGGUACCAUCUG